ACACCUGUAAAGUACACAUCGAAUUUACGGCAAUCAGAUCUUCCUCUGCCUUCGAAUGUGAAAACCACCGUCUCUCUCUCCUUCUAUUCUAUCCUUCUUCAUCCAUAAAAAGAGCACCGAAAUCCAUCAACAGCUCACCAACACUUUUUAUCGGAUCGGAUCGGAUCAUCAAGAGCCAUGAUGUGAAUCUCCGCGAAGCCCAACGCAUUCCCCAAGCAAGGGGUGUGAUCGAAGAUUAUUGUUUUAUUCUGUUGUUGGUGGUGGGGUGAGUUAUAUAAGAGAUGGCUUGGUUUAGCGGGAAAGUAUCUCUGGGGAACUUCCCGGAUCUAGCAGGAGCGGUUAAUAAGCUUAGUGAGAGCGUCAAGAAUAUCGAGAAGAAUUUCGAUACUGCUCUUGGUUUUGAAGAUAAAUCUGAUUCUAGUAGCACCACUGAAGCUUCGGGAUUAUGGCCGGUAAUGUCCUUUAUGGGGAACAAAAGUGAGGAUAGUGCUGAUGAAUCGUCAGGGAAAACUGUAUCUCCACAGAAAUUGUCUACUGUUGAGGAGAAAGAAUCUCAAAAUUCUGACACCCAACAAACCACAUCUGCUGAAGAAAAUCAAAUGCUCGAGAGGAAAAAAGAUGCUGAGCAUCCAGAGAUUGCUGAGAAAAAAGAUGUCAUUUCAGAUACUUGCAAAGCUGAACUUGAAUCUGAAAUUCAAUCAGAGACUAAGGCUGUUGAACCUCCUGAGCCAGUUUUCGAUGAUGUUAAAGUACCAGAAUCAGUUGAUGAUGUGCAGGGAAAAGAGAUUUCAGAGGAGGUCUGUGCUGAAAAUUUAGAUACAUUGGAGGUCAGAUCAGAAGCUUCCAGGGUUGAUGAAGUUGAGACUCCUUCCAUCUUGCAUGAUGAGUCACAUAAUGUGUCUCAUACUCCUGAUAGCACAGAUGAACAAGAGACACAAGCUGAGGAGACUGUAGAACAAAGUUCUACUAUUCAAGCUGAGGCAUCAAAUGAACCGCAACCUGAGGCAUUGAAUGAUGUGCAAGCUCAGGCAUCAACUGAUAUCCUAGAUGAGGCAUCAAGUGAUACCCAAGCUGGAGCUGUGCUUGAUUCAUCCAGUUCACAGCCUGUCAGCGCUGAAGUGAGUGAAAUGCUUCAUGAAUUUUCCCUGUCUGAUGCAUCUCCCCUAGAUGAGGCUUCAGAAAUUGUUUCUAGAUCAGUUUCCCAGGCAGAUGAUGUCCACAAUCAAACAGUUGGAGGGGACAAGCGAGUCAAUGAUGGUGAAAUUGACAUUAAAGAUCAACACUUGAGUUUGAGGUCGAAUAUAUCAGACUCUAUAGAUUCCACGCUUGAACUAGAGAAGGUGAAGACUGAGAUGAAAAUGAUGGAAACUGCACUACAAGGUGCUGCAAGGCAAGCUCAGGCAAAGGCUGAUGAGAUUGCGAAGUUGAUGAAUGAAAAUGAGCACCUGAAAACUGUUAUUGAGGGAUUGAAGAGAAAAUCUAAUGAUGCAGAAAUUGAGUCUUUGAGAGAAGAAUACCAUCAAAGGGUUGCAACUCUUGAAAGAAAGGUUUAUGCUCUUACAAAGGAAAGAGAUACACUCAGGAGAGAGCAUAAUAAAAAAAGUGAUGCAGCUGCUCUUCUGAAGGAAAAGGAUGAAAUCAUUAAUCAGGUCAUGGCUGAAGGUGAAGAGCUUUCAAAAAAGCAGGCUGCUCAAGAAUCUACUAUUAGAAAAUUAAGAGCUCAGAUUAGAGAACUUGAAGAAGAAAAGAAAGGUUUGAUGACCAAAGUUCAGGUGGAAGAAAAUAAAGUAGAGAGUAUAAAAAAGGACAAGACAGCUACAGAGAAUUUGCUGCAAGAAACAAUAGAAAAACACCAAGCAGAGCUUUCAGCGCAGAAAGUUUAUUAUACCAAUGCCUUAUCUGUGGCCAGGGAGGCUGAAGCAUUAGCAGAGGCGCGUGCUAAUAAUGAAGCCAGAACAGAAUUAGAGAGUCGUCUAAGAGAAGCAGAGGAACGCGAGACUAUGCUAGUUCAGGCACUUGAAGAAUUAAGACAAACCUUGAGUCGGAAGGAGCAGCAGGCUGUUUUUAGAGAGGAAAUGCUACGCAGGGACGUUGAAGAUCUUCAAAAACGUUAUCAAGCAAGUGAGCGCCGUUGUGAGGAGUUGAUUACUCAAGUUCCAGAUUCUACCAGGCCUCUCCUAAGGCAGAUUGAAGCCAUGCAGGAAACAACAGCAAGAAGGGCCGAGGCCUGGGCUGCCGUGGAGAGAUCUCUAAACUCUCGACUACAGGAAGCAGAAGCGAAAGCUGCUGAUGCUGAGGAAAGAGAGCGUUCUGUGAAUGAACGCUUGUCUCAAACCUUAUCUCGAAUUAAUGUUCUUGAAGCACAGAUUUCUUGUCUCAGGUCUGAACAAACACAGUUAAGUAGGUCCCUUGAAAAGGAGAGGCAGAGAGCAGCUGAAAACAGGCAGGAAUAUCUUGCAGCCAAGGAGGAAGCUGACACUCAAGAAGGUCGUGCAAACCAACUUGAAGGACAAAUUAAGGAACUGAGGCAGAAACACAAGGAAGAGUUACAAGAUGCACUAAUACACCGAGAACUUCUACAACAGGAAAUUGAAAGAGAGAAAGCUGCUCGGUUGGAGUUGGAAAGGACAGCUCACAUCCAUUCUGCUUCUGCAUCUGAUAAAACUCCUAUUGCAAGGAGCAACUCUGCUUUUGAGAAUGGAAACUUAACCCGAAAGCUCUCCAGUGCUAGUAGCCUGGGCAGCAUUGAGGAGAGUUAUUUUCUGCAAGCAUCUUUGGACACAUCCGACAGUCUUUCUGAACGGAGGAAUCCUGGAGAGGCAACCAUGAGUCCUUACUACAUGAAGAGCAUGACACCUAGUGCUUUUGAAUCUGCCCUUCGUCAGAAAGAGGGUGAACUUGCAUCAUAUAUGUCUCGUUUGGCAUCCAUGGAAUCUAUCCGUGACUCUCUUGCAGAAGAGUUGGUCAAAAUGACCGCACAGUGUGAGAAAUUACAGGCAGAGUCUGCCCUUUUGCCUGGUGUACGGGCAGAACUAGAUGCACUGAGGAGAAGGCACUCUGCUGCCCUGGAGUUAAUGGGUGAACGUGAUGAGGAAUUGGAGGAACUCCGUGCUGAUAUUGUAGACUUGAAAGAAAUGUACAGAGAGCAAGUAAAUUUGCUUGUGAAUAAGAUCCAAAUAUUAAGUACAUCCUCUGGCAAUGCCUGAUGAGUUGACUCAACGAAAUGUGGCAUUUGCCAUUUAUUGUGAAGCUCAUGGUAUAGGAUGUCUGGUAGAUGUGAUUUUGUUCGAACAUUUGCCCCCCCUCUAUACUUGUGAUUCGGGGCAAGCAGCUUCUCAAGUGUUUUGGGGGAUCCUUUUUCAUGAAGUCCAAAAUUGUAUUGUAAUUGAGAUGAAUUUGUUGUAUAGCAAAAAUCAGAUCGUGACAAAUUUGUUUCUCCAGCUUGAAGAUGAUUUUGAGUUUUUGGAUUUAUUUAGUGAUGAUUCAAAUUUUUCAUUACAGUC